AUGACUUCCCUCCUCAAGCGGGCCAGGACAGCUCUACAAAGAGGUCCCUUACCCAUGCUUCGGUUUCCACAAAGCGGGUUCGAAGUAAUCAAGCCGUCACAAAUUCUCGAAGAAGAGCGCUUUGAAGAGUUCAAGAAAGGGUGCUACUAUCCUGUCAAUAUUGGUGACGUCUUAGUAUCUAAAUAUCAGGUGGUUGGCAAGCUAGGCUUCGGAACCACUUCCACAGUAUGGCUCGCUCGUGAUCUCGAGGGCCAUCGAUACGUCACAUUGAAGAUUUAUACAUCGGAUGGAACUGACCAAGGGGAAGUUCAGACUUAUAAAGCCCUGAGUCAAGGGGAUGGAUCACACCCAGGCUAUGCCCAUGUGAGGACUGCAUUAGAUGCAUUCACGAUCCCCCAUAAACGGGGCGGGUAUCAAGGGAGCGAAAAUCACUGUGUUGUCCAAAAACCUAUGUGGGGGAGCUUUCGACAUUUAAUGUAUCGCUCCCCGGAACAGCGACUCAGUGAGGAUUUUCUUAAGAGCAGACUCAAACAGAUAUUCCUUGCGCUUGAUUAUCUCCACAGCGAGUGCCAUCUCGUUCACACCGACAUCAAAGGCGAUAAUAUCCUCCAGGAACUUGAAGAGAUGUCAAUACUUGACAGGUUUACCGACAGCGAGAUAGAGCAGCCUUCGGCACGGAAAGCAGUUGGUAAUAUGCCAGUCUAUGCCUCUCGACGAUUUGAGUUCCCUCAAAAUUUUGGUAGAGCAGUUCUUAGCGACUUCGGCUCAGCUGUACGGGGUAAUGAAAAGAGGAACCAUGACGCUCAGCCCACCAUCUAUAGGUCGCCAGAAGUCAUGUUAAAAAUUGAGUGGAGCUACCCCAUUGAUAUUUGGAAUGUUGGCACUAUGAUAUGGGAUUUGUUUGAAGGUAAACACAUGUUCAUUGGAAUGGACCCAGAUGAAAAGGGUUAUUCCACCCGUGCGCACCUUGCUGAGGUGAUUGGUAUACUGGGCCCUCCUCCAUUAGAUAUUCUCAAGCGUGGAGAGCGAAGCCACGAAUUUUUUACUAAAGAUGGACACUGGAACAACCAAGUCGAUGUUCCCGAGGGAUUGGCGUUGGAAAUAUUCGAGGAGCGUUUGAGUGGAAGAAACAAAGAGUUGUUCUUAAAGUUCAUGAGGGGGAUGCUUCAAUGGAAGCCAGAAGACAGAAAGACGGCCAAGCAACUUCUUAAGGAUCCGUGGCUAGAAAACAGAACAUAG